CCCGGGGAGAGGAGCAGCCUGACCCCAACAAGCUUUGUGAAAGUUCCCUCAGUAGAGGGAAAGAGAGACGGAGAGAGAGACACGGGAGAAGGGAGAGAGCGAGGACAGGCACCGGCAAUAAAAAUAAGAGUGGGGGAAAGGAGAGAGAGAGAGGAAGGACAAACGUUUUUGUAAUUAAAAAUAAAUAAAUAUAUUUUUUACCCAUUUUUCCUCCCCAAUUUCGUGGAAUCCAAUUGGUAGUUACAGUCUUGUCUCAUCGCUGCAUCUCCCGUACGGACUCAGGAGAGGCGAAGGUCAAGAGCCGUGCAUCCUCUAAAACGAGGAAGGACAAAGUUGAGUUGAGUGACAGAGUCCGAGAUAGACUGAGGAAGAGAGAGAGAGCAGAGAAUCAAGGAAGCAAGUAAGAGAUAUACUGCAACCGUCUCACCUCCUCCCUGACGUGUCAUGGAUUUGUGGUGCUGGAUAGCCCUCCUGUUUGGACUAGUUGGGAAUCAGGAGUAGCAGGAGCAGCAGCUUCCACCCGAAGGAAGGAAAGAUGCCUUCUGUGUCUCUCAGCCUGCCCGUUGCCCUAGCCGGGCGAGCCCGCACCUGGGUCUGCCUCUCCUGCAUGUUCUGGCCUGAGGAGUUUGAGGGGAUCCAUUCACACACCUUUCGGGUGAAGACGUUCAAGAAGAGCAAGCACUGUGGCGUGUGCAAACAGACCGUGAGCCAGGAGGGGCUAUUUUGCAAAGUGUGCCGGCUGACUUGCCACAAGACAUGUGAAGUGAAGGCACCUGGUAACGACAUCCCCCUGAAGCAUGUAGAGACCUUGGGCUCCACAAAGUCCUCCAAGAGUAUGGAGUCUCCACGCAUACCAUCAAGGAGUGUGAGUCUGCUACAGGCCCUGGAAGAGAACUAUGAGUUGGACCUGGUCUACAUCACUGAGCGGAUCAUCUCAGUGUCCUUCUCCAGCUCUGCGGAUGAGAACAGCUACUCUGCAAACCUCCGCGAGGUGGCUUCCAUGCUGCGCUCCAAACACCAAGACAACUACCUGCUCUUCAACCUCAGCGAGAAACGCUGUGACAUCAACCAGCUCAACCCAAAAGUGUUGGACUUUGGCUGGCCGGACCACCACGCGCCUGCCCUGGAUAAGAUCUGCACUAUCUGUAAGGCUAUGGACAGUUGGCUGAGUGCAGACAGUCACAAUGUAGUAGUGAUACACAACAAGGGGAACCGAGGGCGAACAGGAGUGGUGGUGGCAGCAUACAUGCAUUACAGCAACAUAUCAGCCAGUGCCGACCAGGCCCUGGACAGGUUCGCAAUGAAGAGGUUCUAUGAAGACAAAGUACUUCCUGUGGGUCAGCCGUCUCAGAAGAGGUAUGUACAGUACUUUAGCGGCCUUCUUUCUGGGAAUAUUAAGAUCAACAACAAACCCCUGUUCCUUCACCACGUCAUCAUGCACGGCAUCCCCAACUUUGAGUCCAAAGGAGGUUGUCGCCCUUUCCUCAAGAUCUAUCAGGCCAUGCAGCCAGUCUACACAUCUGGGAUCUAUAGUGUCCAGGGAGACAGCCAGACCAGUGUCUGCAUCACCAUUGAGCCAGGCCUGCUGCUGAAGGGGGACAUUCUGCUGAAGUGUUACCACAAGCGCUUCCGAAGCCCACAGCGGGAUGUGAUCUUCCGCGUGCAGUUCCAUACAUGCGCUGUGCACGACUUGGGAAUCGUCUUUGGGAAGGAUGAGCUCGACGAGACCUUCAAAGAUGACAGAUUCCCAGAUUUUGGAAAGGUGGAGUUUGUUUUUUCCUUUGGUCCAGAAAAAAUCAAUGGGAUGGACCACUUGGAGAAUGGGCCCACUGUCUCAGUGGACUACAAUACCCAAGAUGCUCUAAUCCGCUGGGACUCCUAUGAGAACCUCGACCAGCAUUGUGAGGAGACUAUGGAUGACGUCGUACACACCCAGGGCCCUCUGGACGGCAGCCCCUAUGCUAAAGUCCGCAAGAAGGAGUCCAUCGAGGAUGUGGUCACUGCCAACGACCUCCUGCCCACCGCCACCGAACACAUCCUACCCACGGUUGACCACGCCCUGUCGGUGAGCAGCGACUCAGGCAACUCCACCGCCUCCAUCAAGACCGACCGCACUGAUGAGCCAGCCCCAGCAGCAGCAGCCCCACCAGUGAGCCAGCCGCCAGCCGCCCAGGAAGAGGCCCCAGUCUCGGGCACGGUCCUGGCCGUCCAGCUCAUCAGUCCCCAGGAGAAGCAGGAGCUGGAGCAGCUGCUCAGUGGCCUGGAGGGCCCCAUGCAUUGCCAGGGCUACCUGUCCUCUCCAUCGGGCGGAGGGAUGGGGAUAGGACUAGGGGGAGGGGGAAUACUACACCUGGUGCCCGCCCAAGUUCAUGUGAAUGGCCACAACAGCAGCAUGGACAGAGAAACAGAUAUUCUGGAUGACGAGGUGGAACUGCCCACCAGCCAGGAAGGUAACAGCAUGGAUAGCUUGGGCACUCUGUCAUCCCUGGAGGGAGGAGCCACGCCAGCAGACCUCUACUACCAGGCUGAGACGGUUAUCAACGGGCAUGACAAGGUCCCCUAUCUAGAGAGGAGCAUCCCAGACAGGCCCCCGGAAAACAUUCUCAUCAAUGUCGCAAUAGGCUCACAUGAUGUGGCUGACCAGGUUCCCGUCACCUUAGUGCGAAGCCUCUGCUCAGCUCAGGAUGGGACCGGUGAGUCAGUUCCCCCGGUGAGCGAUUACAUUAUCAGCCAGAAUGGAAACCUGUAUCGCUCACAGUCAUUCGGUGCAGACCAGAAUCUCCCUCGGGCGCCAGCACGCAACACCAGCAGUCAUAACGCCGUCCAACGUGGGCUCAACGUGUGGCAGCAAUAUGGCGUCCCAGAAGAGCCGGUGAUGGACGGGGUGUAUUUUGGCUCUCCUCCACCCUCCAUGCCUCUACAGAGCCACCACAGCAUGCCCCACUUCCCCCAACAGCAGACUGCCUCGCAGCAGGAGAUUGAGCAGUCUAUUGAGGCGCUCAACCUGCUGAUGCUGGACCUGGACCCUGGCCACCUGUUGGGGCAAGUGCCGAUGUCCCAGAGUGCCCUGGGAGAUAACAAGGAGGUGGUGACCACACAACCAUCCUUUUCCCAGUCCCUGGCCAGGCCCUCCUACCAGGCUGACUCAGCUAUCUCAGGAAGCCCUGCACCCAGCCUUGCUCAGGUCAUGCUGAGGUCCUCCCCUUUCCAGCCGUCCACGUCUCCAGAGCCCUCUGCCAUCCAGAGACCAACAGCCACCUACCAACCUGGUCCCUCUGUAGCCCCCACCCCUGGCUUCCCCUCUGAAUCUUCCAGCCAAGGGGCAGCCAGAACCAGCUCUCCCACCCAGGUCCCCAGUAGCGUGGGCCAGCUGCAGCUGAAACCCAUCAACGUGUACCCCCCCAGCAUCAUGUACCCGUCCCUGUCCUCGGAUCUCUGGGAGCCCCAACAGAGCCCCAGUGCCAUGUUCUCAUCACCCAAUCCCAGAGAUGCAGAGCCUGAUGAAGCGUUCAACGUGGAGGGCCUAGUAGCCCAGCGUGUGUCAGGUGUCCAGUCUUGUGGGACGUCAUUGGACGAGGCAUCGGCCCAGCCCCAUCACCGCACCACUAGUGAGAGACAAUGCAUCAACGGCCACGACGAAAGCUCUUCCUACCAACCCCCGGUCCGCUCCCCUAUUCGUUGCGUCUCCCCGGAGUUCGUCAACACCAUAGCGCUAAAUCCCGGGGGGCGUCCCAAGGAGAGACACAUCCACAGCUACAGAGAGGCCUUUGAGGAGUUGGAUGGAGGCCAAAUCAGCCCCACGCCCACUGUUGGUGGUGAGGUGUUCCCCCAUACCCCUGCCUUCCCCGUCUCGCCGCAAACCCCUUACUUCAACCUGUGCCAAGCUCGUUCCCCUCCAGGUCUGAUGAAGACCCCUCUCUCUGCCUUGGGCCUCAAACCCCACAACCCAGCUGAGAUCCACCUCAACCAGAGUGGAUCAGAGCCGUUGAGCUACGUGGAGUCAGUGGCCAGAUCCGCUGUGGCCGGCGGGGGACCAGCAGGACCCCCCGUGACCCUCAACCCCCCAGGAUGGACCUUGGCUAGGCAGACGACCCCUGACCCCUCCCCAACCCUCAACCCCCUAUUGUCUAGCUGCAGCCCCAUCCACAGAUCAGAGGGAGAACACCCAUUGGCUGACAGCAGUGCGAUCAUCCCCUCGCAAGCGUCCAUUGACUCCAGCUUACGCUCCUUUCCUUCCGAGGGCACGUAUCCCAUCAAAUCCCCCACCCCUAUCCCCAUUGCCACUCCCACCCCAUACCUCCAGGCCCUGGGCUCCCCAUCUCCCUUCCUGCAAGCCCUGGGAACCCCCACCUCCUCCUACCUGAGCUCCACCUACCCCACCCUGCCUUACCUGUGUUCCCCCACCACCACACCCUCCUGGGACUUGGGUCACAGUGGCCUCAUGGGGAACUAUGUCUCCCCGGACCCCAGCCCCCCUCUCCAGCCAGAGGCAUCUGCCCGGGAAAGCCUUGUGGCCAUCCUCCCCUCGUUAAGAUCAAGAAGUCUCCACACACUGCAUCGUGACCCCAACACCUCAUCUAGCAUCCCAUCCCUUCAACAUCGGCAACAGCCCACCAAUCAGUGCAGCCCUGUCAUGGGCCACCAGCCCUCUCCGGCCAAUGGCUUUGUGGAGUCUGGGAUCACUGGGAUGGUAAUGACAGGAAGUCCCUUGUUGGGCCGCCGCCACUAUAACCCAUGUGUGUCCCAGGGGACACAGUCUAGCCCAGUGCUGAGCCAACAACCGUCCCUGAUGCAGGCCUCCCAGGACAGCCCCAUGCUCAGUUGCCAGCCCUCCCUCACCUACAGCCAACCCAUCCAGUCCAGUAUCCAGAGUGGUCCGGUUCUGGACCUACAUCCAUUCCUCACCUACAGCCAACCCAUCCAGUCCAGUAUCCAGAGUAGUCCGGUUCUGGACCUACAUCCAUCCCUCACCUACAGCCAACCCAUCCAGUCCAGUAUCCAGAGUAGUCCGGUUCUGGGCCUACAUCCAUCCCUCACCUACAGCCAACCCAUCCAGUCCAGUAUCCAGAGUAGUCCGGUUCUGGACCUACAUCCAUCUCUCACCUACAGCCAACCCAUCCAGUCCAGUAUCCAGAGUAGUCCAGUUCUGGACCUACAUCCAUCCCUCAUUCACCAGCAGGGCAAUGGUAGUAGUCCGGUGUUGAGCCGACACCCGUCCCUCGGCCAGAUGUCACAAUGCAGUCCAAGUCUGGACCGACACCCAAUGCUGCAUAGUAGCGGCUACACCACCCCGGAUGAAAGGCAGGGCACCCUGUCCCGUCAGAGCUGCUCCUCUGGGUACAACCCGCCCUCCACACCCUCCUUCCCCGUCUCCCACGCGGGCUAUCUAGACGAGGGGAUGAUGAUGGGGGUACGGCAGGGCAGUCCGGCCCCACAGGCUCAGCCCCAGCUACCGGAGAAGAGGCGAAUGUCCAUUGGGGAGAGGCCCAACGGGGGGCUCUCGUACGGGACACUGAAUGGGAAAGUGUCCUCCCCCAUGUCGAGUGGAGGCAGCACACCCAGCACUAGCUACUUUCAUACACUGCCAGACUUCUCCAAGCUUAACAUGACUGACGGGAGUCCAGAGACCAGGCUGAAUGUCAAGUUUGUUCAGGAUACGUCCAAGUUCUGGUACAAGCCUGAUAUCUCCCGUGAACAAGCCAUUGGCCUUCUGAGAGAGAAGGAGCCAGGUGCUUUUGUCAUCCGGGACAGUCACUCCUUCCGAGGGGCCUAUGGCCUGGCCAUGAAGGUGGCCUCUCCUCCUCCUUCUACUGCUCAGCAGUCCAAGAAAGCUGGUGACAUCACUAACGAGUUGGUGAGGCACUUCCUGAUUGAGACGAGUCCUAAGGGAGUGAAACUGAAAGGAUGUCCCAACGAACCUUACUUUGGUUGUCUGUCAGCUCUUGUGUACCAGCACGCCAUGACUCCACAGGCCCUGCCCUGUAAACUGGUCAUCCCUACCAGAGAUCUCCACCAGGAUGUCCCAGAUAUCGCCACGCCAACCAACCAGGCUGACUACCUCCUGAAACAUGGGGCAGCAUGCAAUGUGCUGUACAUCAACUCGGUGGACAUGGAGUCUCUGACAGGACCUCAGGCCAUCGCCAAGGCGAUCUCGGAGACGAUGGCCGCCGCGUCCCCGCCCACCGCCACCGUUGUGCACUUCAAGGUGUCGCCCCAAGGCAUCACCCUGACGGAUAACCAUAGGAAGCGUUUCUUCCGGCGCCACUACCCUAUCAACACUGUCACAUUUUGUGAUGUCGACCCCCAGGAGAGAAAGUGGAAUAAACCUGAUGGGGGCACAGCCAAGUUUUUUGGGUUUGUGGCUCGGAAGCAAGGAAGCACAACUGACAACGUCAGUCACCUCUUUGCCGAGAUGGACCCCGAUCAGCCCGCCAGCGCCAUCGUCAACUUUGUCUCCAAAGUGAUGAGCGGCUCACAGAAACGAUGAGCUGACCUUUUGGCGACCCCUGGCUUUUAGUUUUUUUGGGUUGUUGUUCUUUUUAACUACGGAGGGAAUAUAUUUCCUUUUUUUUAGUUUGUAUUCUAAGUUUAAUCUUAGGUUUCACCUCUUUCCUUCUGAUCUCGUCUUUUAUCUGUGUGUGUGUGUGUGUGUGUGUGUUUCUUCUUGGAAGGACUCCUUCGUGGCGCGAACUAGGGGGGAUAGAGGAAGUGCAGUUUGUGGGGUGUGGCUGUGUAAGCUCUUGAAUGUUGGCUAUGGGAGGCCAUUGUGAUCUCUCUAGCAGGGCAGCACAAGAACAGGAAGAGGAAAUCAUGUCAGUGAUGAUGUCAGUGAGUGUGAUGCAUGAAAAAGAGAAGAAGUAGUAAAGUUGUGUGAUGUAAAGAAGGGUGUGAAGCUGUCUGGUUUUGGACUGUUCAACCAAAGAUUUUUAAAAAGCAGCAAUGUCACUGAAGGUAUGUUUGAGACAAUAUUUGGUAAAAAAAAAUGGCUACUUUAUCAAAGCAUUUACAUUUCAUGUUCUUUCUAUAUACAAGUAAAUACUGUAUUUAUUUUAUUCCUAAAAAGUUUGCAUCUUUGCUUUCUUCGCAAACCGUAUUCAAGUACGUUUUUGUAUGCUGGCGAGUUGAAUCCAUGUAAAUAUCACAGAGUGCUCUCUUGGUAGGGCGUGGGUGACUUGGAUGACUUGGGGCCUAAAAAUGUUGUUGUCAUUUUUUUUAGAGCUUACUGUAGAGAAAGAAAAUAAGGAAAAAGCACAGUUGUUCUCUUCAGAACAACAGAAAACAUCUGACCCCAGAACAUCUGUAUUGGUCUCCUCCGGCUUCCACUGUUGUUUCAGAACAACAGAACACAUCUAACUUCCACUGUUCUCUUCAGAACAUCUGUAUUGGUCUCCUCCGGCUUCCACUAUUCUCUUCAGAACAACAGAACACAUCUGACUUCAACUGUUCUUUUCCGAACAACAGAACACAUCUGACUUCCACUGUUCUCUUCAGAACAUCUGUAUUGGUCUCCUCCAACUUCCAAUGUUCUCUUCAGAACAACAGAACACAUCUGACUUCAGAACAUCUGUAUUGGUCUCCUCCGGCUUCCACUGUUCUCUUCAGAACAUCUGUAUUGGUCUCCUCCGGCUUCCACUGUUCUCUUCAGAACAACAGAACACAUCUGACUUCCACUGUUCUCUUCAGAACAUCUGUAUUGGUCUCCUCCAACUUCCACUGUUCUCUUCAGAACAACAGAACACAUCUGACUUCCACUGUUCUCUUCAGAACAUCUGUAUUGGUCUCCUCCAACUUCCACUGUUCUCUUCAGAACAACAGAACACAUCUGACUUCCACUGUUCUCUUCAGAACAACAGAACACAUCUGACUUCCACUGUUCUCUUCAGAACAUCUGUAUUGGUCUCCUCCAACUUCCACUAUUCUCUUCAGAACAACAGAACACAUCUGACUUCCACUGUUCUCUUCAGAACAACAGAACUCAUCUGACUUCCACUGUUCUCUUCAGAACAUCUGUAUUGGUCUCCUCCAACUUCCACUGUUCUCUUCAGAACAACAGAACACAUCUGACUUCCACUGUUCUCUUCAGAACAACAGAACACAUCUGACUUCCACUGUUUUCUUCAGAACAACAUAACACAUCUGACUUUUACUGUUCUCUUCAGAACAACAGAACACAUCUGACUUCCACUGUUCUCUUCAGAACAACAGAACACAUCUGACUUCCACUGUUCUCUUCAGAACAUCUGUAUUGGUCUCCUCCAACUUCCACUGUUCUCUUCAGAACAACAGAACACAUCUGACUUCCACUGUUCUCUUCAGAACAACAGAACACAUCUGACUUCCACUGUUUUCUUCAGAACAACAGAACACAUCUGACUUCCACUGUUUUCUUCAGAACAACAUAACACAUCUGACUUUUACUGUUAUCUUCAGAACAACAGAACACAUCUGACUUCCACUGUUCUCUUCAGAACAACAGAACACAUCUGACUUCCACUGUUUUCUUCAGAACAACAUAACACCUCUGACUUCCACUGUUCUCUUCAGUACAACAGAACACAUCUGACUUCCACUGUUUUCUUCAGAACAACAGAACACAUCAGCUGUUCUCUUCAGAACAACAGAACACAUCUGACUUCCACUGUUUUCUUCAGAACAACAGAACACAUCAGCUGUUCUCUUCAGAACAACAGAACACAUCUGACUUCCACUGUUUUCUUCAGAACAACAGAACACAUCUGACUUUUACUGUUCUCUUCAGAACAACAGAACACAUCUGACUUCCACUGUUCUCUUCAGAACAACAGAACACAUCUGACUUCCACUGUUUUCUUCAGAACAACAGAACACAUCAGCUGUUCUCUUCAGAACAACAGAACACAUCUGACUUCCACUGUUUUCUUCAGAACAACAGAACACAUCUGACUUCCACUGUUUUCUUCAGAAGAACAGAACACAUCAGCUGUUCUCUUCAGAACAACAGAACACAUCUGACUUCCACUGUUUUCUUCAGAACAACAGAACACAUCUGACUUCCACUGUUUUCUUCAGAACAACAGAACACAUCAGCUGUUCUCUUCAGAACAACAGAACACAUCUGUAUUGGUCCCCUCUGACUUCCACCGUUCUUUUCCCCUCUUCUUUUGAAUGGUUGAAGGAUGGAGGAUAGAUAGAAGCUUGUCCAGUUUGGUCCAACUAUUCACCUACACAGGGGUAUUAGAACCCUGUAAUGACGCUGGGAGCUGGCGUCUGCUGUUACCCUUCUAGUCCAGCCUGCAAUGCACCCCUCUAUGGAUACAUUUGGUUUUGGCUGAUUGGUUCCCCUUUGUGUGUCUACCAUUGCCUAUCAUAAGUGCCACUCCUCUCCGCUGUGCAUGUAUAAGCAUCAUGGAAGGUCAGAGAUCACUGCUGAUUUUUGAAGAGCGGACGGGCAACGAGAGUCCAGAGUCCAAGCGUCAAGCUCUCUCUCUUCUCCUUCGGAACAUUAACAUUUUUCUACCCCUGCAACCGUCCCAGUAAAGAUUGAGAGAGUCCACUAUCUUUACAGAUCAGCCUAUCAAACGUGUAACACCCACAUCAUACCCACAAGUAAGCUAUAUAAAUAUACAUAUAUAGACAUAUAUAUAUAUAGAUAUAUAUAAAACAUGUUUAUUUUUUUGCUCUGUCACUCUUUUAACUCAUAUAAUAAAUUGACAUAUAUAGUCCAACCAUAAAGAUUACUGAGUGUCGAAAAAUAUUAUUCUGUACUUUUGCAAAGAUUUAUAACUCAUGAGACUGAACUACAUCAAAAUAAAUGGUGUGAAGUGUAUGGAUUUUAAAGCUUUGCUUUAAAACAAUUCACUGCAUUACUUUGUUUAUGUUAUGAGUCUUUGUAUAAAGCAUCCUUUGGUAUGGGGGAGAAAGAGCGUCUAGCAAAGUUCUUUGUUGCAAAAUUGUGCCAACAUUUUAAAAACAAAUUCAAAAUAAACCUGCCUAAAAUGAAAUGGCCAAAGUUAAGCACUUACACGUCAUAUAAAAUAUCAAUGCACCUAUGUGUAGCUGUGUGUUCACUGCAUGUUUGGAGGCCAGAUAUUAUUUCCGUGACUACUUCCUCUAUCUAACAUCGCAGGUUUAGUGAAGCACCACCGUAUUAAAAUCUUAAGCAAUUAUUCACGUUGUUAUGUAGGGCCUACUGCCCUCAUGUGGUGAACCAACGUUUGACCACCCAUUGUGUUUUCACUCCGACGUUUUAACCCGUGAUUUCAGCAAUGACCUUCAAUGGACCAGCGAAACUCAAAUGGCUGACUAUAUUAUUUUCAGAAUAAGGAAGUAUUAUGUCAUUAUGUCUCUUUGUUUGGCCAUUCUGAUUUUGUGAAUGUCCUUUACUCAAUUGGAUUCUGUUUGGAGCAGAUUAGUCAUAUACCUCGAUGGUCACAUCUACUCCAGUGAAAAAAGAACAAGCAUUUACAUAUGGUAUUCUGUCAUGUCAAAAUACACACUAAAUAUUUGCUUGUCCACUUCUGUUACCGCUUAAUGUUUUGUUUUUAAGCUCCACUGGGUCUUCUUCCAUGACGUCUGUACUCGUUCCAUUCUGUUCCAACCGUUCAUUCCGCUUCAAUGAGAAUCCCUCCAUUUUAAAUGAAUUGUAUUUAUUAUUUUGAUGAGUCUCCACUACUGUAAUACUAUAUGUGUCGAAAGCAUGGUUGAUUCUGCAUUUUUCUAUGAGAAACGUGUGAGAAAUGCUUGUCGGGUCAAUCCCCCUCUACCACAAAUUGAAUGUCAGUCUCACGUUAUUUGGCGUGUGAGAAGUCUCUUCUGAUGUACAUGUGGCACUUUGAGGAAAUAGCCUUAGAAUGUGUGCAUGAAUGUGCUGCGAUGCCUGUACAGAAGUGUAUGUAUUUUCAUUUGCUUUAUUGUAUGGCUUUUGUUUCUGAGAAGAAAAAAAAAACAUAUUAAAAGUCAUUUGUGUU